UCCCAACAACGAUUAGCGGUCUCUCUCCGGCAUCACCUCUAUAAAUCGCUCUGUUUUCAAUUUCUUCAUCACAGCCGCGUUUUACUUGCAGAGCAAAGUUGCAUACCAAUCCACAGAACCAGAUAUUCGGAGCCUCAAUCGCUUCCAUUCCCCUCAGAACUCGAAGAAAGCGCGCACUACUUCACUGUUUGCAAGGUUGAAUGGAGCAAAUGUUGAGUAAAACUGGUGCGAAGAGGGUUCAGUUGCUUCCGGCAGUAAAUGAUGAUCAUGGAGGAGUUAUAGUGGAAUUGCAGGAGCUUAUGGAUUCGGAUGUCUUCGAAGCCGCGCUUCGAGAUUCACUAGCGGAGUGGAAGCUGCAGGGAAAGAGGGGUGUGUGGAUAAAGGUGCCAAUUGGACUUGCAUAUCUAGUAGAAAUUGCAGUGAAGGAAGGAUUUUGGUAUCACCAUGCGGAGCCUCAUUACCUGAUGCUUGUACGUUGGAUCCCUGAAACAGCUAAUACCAUCCCUGCAAAUGUCACACAUCGAGUGGGAAUUGGUGCUAUUGUCAUGAAUGACAAAAGAGAGCUGCUGGUCGUCCAGGAAAACAAUGGUAGACUCAAAGGAAGAGGGGUCUGGAAAAUCCCAACUGGAGUUGUUGAAGAGGGAGAGGAUAUUUUUGAAGGUGCAGUAAGAGAAGUAAAAGAAGAAACCGGAAUCGAUACAGAAUUUGUUGAAGUACUAGCAUUCAGGCAAAUACACAAGGCUUUCUUUGGGAAGUCAGAUAUGGUCUUCAUAUGCAUGUUACGCCCUCUAUCAUUUGACAUUCAAAAGCAGGACUUAGAAAUCGAGGCUGCCCAGUGGAUGCCAUUCGAAGAAUACGCAGCACAACCUUUUGUUCAGAAACACGGGUUUUUCAAGUCCAUCAGCGAUCUAUGCGUGGCGAAAACAGAGGGGAACUAUGUAGGCCUAACUCCGGUUCCAAUAAGGUCAUUCUUCGAUUCUCAUUUCAGCUAUCUUUAUCUCAACAAGGAAGAUUUGGAACAGCCAGACCAUAAAAUUCAUCCUUGAAGAAGCAAGCAGAGCAAGAAUUGUAUCUGCUCUUAUACUCAUCUAAUUCGUUAUAUUUUUUCACAGUAUUCUUUCACUUUCACCAUAGUUAAAAAUAAAUAAUGUAUCAGCAAUUAUAUAUAGGUCUUACUUAGCUCAAUGUAUUUGAUGUUUUGGAAAUAAUAAAGAAGAUGAAAAUGAAAUGGAUUUUGAAGAA